CGGUACAGACUUGAGCCGGUCUAUAAAUCUAACCGAAGCUUCAAUCGCUACUGAGGAGUGAACAUGCGAAAUACAACAUGACGAGCAUGUUUCAGUGAAAAUCAUUAGGCAGUAUUUGCAGAAUAUAUUCUAAGUAUUCUUCCGGUAGUUCUUGACUCCGUAAGUUCGUGACCGUUAUUUCUUCUGACAAUUUUAUAAGUUGGUGCUAAAUAUGAAAAAAACGGGCUGUCAACAUGAACCUGGGAAGCUUUACCAGUUGAUUGCAGCAGUGAUAGUGAACGUCAUAUCCCUUUCGAGUGGAAUUGCCCUCGGCUGGGCAUCACCGGUGCUGCCGCAGCUCCAAAGUCCCGAGACUCCGAUCGGCUCAGCUCCAAUGUCGACUGAACACAUCUCGUGGCUGAACGGAGUGCUACCCCUGGGGGCUCUGACAAUUCUCCCCUUCUGCAGUACACUCACAGAAAGAUUCGGCAGAAAGCUGGCGAUCCUCCUGGGAGCGAUUCCUGCGAUUAUUUGUUGGCUGCUCAAGGCCUGCGCGACUAGUUACAUCUAUCUCCUAUUGGCUCGAUAUGCCGCCGGAAUGUCGAUGGCCAUGCUCAUGCUGAUGGUACCGUUGUACAUCGCGGAGAUAUCCGCGGACAGUAUCAGAGGGCAACUAGGCUGCAUUCUCGUCUUUGCUGUUAAAAUUGGUAUUGUUAUAGGGUACAGCCUCGGUGCAGCGCUGUCCUACCAGCUUUUCGCAAUUUGCGGACUGAUGGUGCCCAUUGUUUUCAUCGGGAUGUUCGUAUUCAUGCCGGAAACACCGACUUAUCUUGUCAGGAAAGGGCUCAUCGAUCGAGCGACGAGAUCAUUGAUGUGGCUGAGGAAUAACGACACGUCAACGGUAGAGCGUGAACUUCUACACCUCCAGGCACUAGUGAAGGAGUGUCCGAGUAGUAAAAAGUCUGUGGGAUUCAGGGACUUGUUCAGGGAUCGAGGAACGACAAGAGGAUUUAUCAUAUCCUUGGGGCUCUUGUGUGGCCAGCAAACCUGCGGUAUCUUCGUAGUGUCUCAAUACGCCGCAUAUAUCCUGCAACAAGCGGAGAGUUCCCUGAAGCCGAAUACGGCAGCAAUAAUCAUCGGAAUUGGACAGAUCGUGGGAUCAUGCCUGUCAACAAUGACGAUGGAACGAGCUGGAAGAAGAUCACUGAUCUUCAUCUCCUGCGCCGGAAUGGCCACCUGUUACUGCACAAUUUCCGGUUUCCUAUUCUUCAAAGAAUACGACUUCAGCGUCUCCUCCUUCGGCUGGAUCCCCGUGGUGGCACUGUCCUGCUGGGCAAUUCUGUACUGCGUCGGCAUGAGUCCAGCCCCCUUGGUCGUGGCCUCUGAAGUAUUCAGCCCCGACAUAUCGAGUUUCGCCAAUUCCGUUUCGAUGGUAUUCAUGUGGAUCUGCGGAUUUUUGAUCAUGAAGUACUUCCCAAUUAUGAAAGAAUUAGUUGGCUUGCACGUGUGCUUCAUAUUAUUGGCAUCAUUUUGCAUGGCCACAUUUGCAUUCACUUACUUCCUCAUUCCUGAGACCAAGGGGAGGAAUAUUGAAUCAAUUAUCGAUGAAUUGAAUGACUGUUCCCGGGGAUCCAAGCAGAAUGGACGACACGAGGCAGCGGAGAUGAUAACGAUUGAUAAAAAAAUCACCGUUUGAAUACUAUUAAGGUUUAGAUAAUUGAUAAUCCGUGACGUGUAAAUAAUCGUGCUUAUUAAUUUUUUACUUUUGCAGAAGAAUCCGACAGAGGGAUUCAUGAGUAUUAACGCAAUUGCAAUGUUUUUAAAAAUUUAAUUCAAAAGAAAAAAUCAUAAUAAAGGCCAUUCUUUUUUUAAAAUUUGACUUUGGUUAUGUAUGACAAUUCUGACUGAUUUGAAUUUGUGCUAUGGUAAUAAUGAGACUUAUCGGCAGGGAUGGCCAUCAAUCUUCCGAUUUUUCAAUAUUAAAAGAAUUUCCGACUGACAUUCAUUAAGGUU